AUGAACAACACUAGAUAUCUGCUGCUGCCAGACCUCUGGCUCAAUGAGACCUCUGUGGAGUCUCCAGCCAGGGAGGAUCAGCGUGGCAAUCGGACUGGUAUCAAGCCUGUUCUGUGUAAGCCGGUUCAUAUCCGGGCGGAGGUGUUUCUGACCCUGGGGAUUGUCAGCCUUCUGGAGAACAUCCUGGUGAUCUCGGCGGUGGUGAAGAACAAGAACCUCCAUUCACCCAUGUACUUCUUCCUGUGCAGCCUCGCUGCCGCGGACAUGCUGGUGAGCGUCUCCAACUCGCUGGAGACGGCGGUUAUCGCUGCCCUGAGCAGCCGGCUGAUAGUGGCGGACGACCACUUCGUUUGGCUCAUGGACAACUUCUUCGACUCGAUGAUCUGCAUCUCCCUCGUGGCCUCCAUCUGUAACCUUCUAGCCAUCUCCGUUGACCGCUACGUGACCAUCUUCUACGCCCUGAGAUACCACAGCAUCGUCACGAUGAGGCGGGCUCUCCUGGCUAUAGCGGGCAUCUGGUUGGCGUGCGUGGUCUGCGGCGUAGUCUUCAUCGUCUACUCGGAGAGCAAGACGGUCGUCGUGUGUCUGGUCGUCAUGUUCUUCACCAUGCUGGUGCUCAUGGCCACCCUGUACGUGCACAUGUUCCUGCUGGCGAGGCUACACGUCAAGCGCAUCGCUGCCCUGCCGGCGGAGGGUGCUGUGCCCCGGAGGACCUGCAUGAAGGGCGCGGUCACCGUCACCAUCCUCCUGGGGGUGUUUGUCUGCUGCUGGGCGCCGUUCUUCCUCCACCUCAUCCUCCUCAUCGCCUGUCCCAGGAACCCGCUCUGCGUCUGCUACAUGUCCCACUUCACCACCUAUCUGGUGCUGAUCAUGUGUAACUCGGUCAUAGACCCCGUCAUCUAUGCCUUCCGCAGUCUUGAGAUGCGCAAAACCUUCAAGGAAAUCCUCUGUGGCUUUAAUUCCACGUGGAGUGUUUUCCACUGUAAAUAGUGAAGUGUUGUAG